AUGAGUUUAUACUUCAACCAGGAUUCGCUGCAGUAUGUCGAGAUGGAACCGGAGCAAAAGCACCAGAUUAGAUUCCUGAACGUAGCACCUGCCUUGCAGGAUGAACCAACGGCUAGGCCAUUUCACGGCUUUAAUAAUCGGGUUGGAUUUCCACCGGAAGUAAGAGAAGCGUUCGGUGGCGGUGCGGAAUUGAAGUCGGAUAUAGUUUAUGAAAAUUCCAAACCAAUUUACUCGGUUCUGCGAGCCUUGAGUGUGUUACCGAUUACAAGGCCUUCAAUGGGUGUUACGAUGUUCACCUGUGCAAGCCCAGCUAUGGCUUAUUGUGCAACGUUUUUGCUCUUGUUAGCGGCCUACGUCAUUUUCAUCUUGAUUGGUAAGAUCCACAUGGUUCGUACGCUGGAAGGUCGCUUCGAGGAAGCCGUAAUUGCGUACCUUUUCAUCGUUAAUGUUCUACCGUUGUUGAUUAUUCCGAUGAUGUGGUACGAAAGCCGAAAGGUGGUCGACCUGCUGAACGAUUGGGUGGAGUUCGAGGUCCUGUAUCGUAAAACGGCUGGCCGCGAUUUGGCAUUGCAGCUCAAGACGAAGUCUUUGUUGAUUGCUGUCCUACUGCCGAUGAUGUCGUGUGCUGCCGUUGGUAUUACUCACGUUACGAUGGUGGAUUUCGAGUUGAUUCAGGUCAUUCUCUACUGCAUUCUGGAUACGCUGAUCUACAUGAUGGGUGGAUAUUGGUACAUAACGUGUGAAACUCUGAGCACAACUGCUAACAUUUUAGCCGACGAUUUUCAAAAGGCGCUGAGACACGUCGGUCCAGCUGCGAUGGUAUCGGACUAUCGCUCGCUGUGGCUUCGUUUAAGUAAACUGGCUCGAAACACUGGCUUCGCGACCUGUUACACUUUCACCUUCAUCUGUCUGUACUUGUUUUUCAUCAUUACACUGUCAAUCUAUGGGUUAUUGUCGCAAAUUUCCGAUGGGUUCGGAAUUAAGGAUAUCGGAUUGGCGGUGACCGCCUUCUGUAGCAUUGGUCUUCUGUUUUUCAUUUGUGACGAAGCCCACUAUGCGUCGUUUAAUGUGAGAACGAAUUUUCAGAAGAAACUGCUCAUGGUGGAACUGAGCUGGAUGAAUUCGGAUGCCCAGACGGAGAUCAACAUGUUUCUGCGGGCAACGGAAAUAAAUCCUUCCAGUAUCAAUCUUGGAGGGUUCUUCGACGUGAACAGGACUUUGUUUAAAUCGCUACUGGCUACCAUGGUUACCUAUUUGGUUGUCCUGCUGCAGUUCCAGAUUAGCAUUCCCGACGAUCCGAGUUCAAUAUUGGCACAGAAUUUUACCUCUCAUAAGUAA